AUGCUUGUUGAAAAGACGCGCGCUAGCUUCUACUGCAACACUCCUCCUGGACUCGACGUUGUCUUCAAGUGUUCGGAUAUGCUGCCUUAUUGCUGUAUGGUUGAUAGCAGCGGCCAUGGAUACUGUGCUACGUUUUCUGACAAAUGCAUUUUGGGAGGCAGCACGGUAGAAGAGAACAAGUGA